ACCAUCAAAUUUUGGGCGGGCGAGGAAUAAACCGGUCGAGAGUUCACGAGCCACGGAGAGAUCUUGGCGAUGAGUUGCCGGAGAUUCUUCUCGAUCCCGGUCCUUUCGGUGAUUCUGGUGAUGGGUUUCGUGUACUACGUCACGCUCUUCGUUUUCAUUGAUGAUUGGGUUGGUUUACAAAGCUCAGCUGGGAAAUUAAACGCCUUACUCUUCAGCUUCUUGGCGUCUCUCUGUCUCUUCUCGCUCUCAAUUUGCGUUCUUGUAGAUCCAGGUCGUGUUCCAGCAUCUUAUGAUCCUGAUGUUGAGGACUCUGGCUGGUCCAAUAGUAACGCUACAGAAACAAGGAAAUGUGAUAAGUGCUUUGCAUACAAACCUCUUCGGACUCACCAUUGCCGAGUUUGCAGAAGAUGCGUCUUGAAGAUGGACCAUCAUUGCCUUUGGAUAAAUAACUGUGUUGGUUAUGCAAACUAUAAGGCUUUCUUCAUUCUUGUGUUUUAUGCAACUGUGGCUUCCAUCUACUCUACAGUGUUGCUGGUUUGCUGUGCAUUCAAGAACGGAGAUUCCUAUGCGGGAAAUGUUCCACUCAAAACUUUCAUUAUUUCUUGUGGGAUCUUCAUGAUCGGACUAAGCAUAACACUUGGGACUCUCCUUUGUUGGCAUAUCUACCUCAUCGCACACAAUAUGACCACCAUUGAGCAUUAUGAUUCAAAGCGGGCCUCGUGGUUAGCUAGAAAAUCAGGACAAAGCUUUAGGCAUCAAUUCGAUAUUGGUGUUUACAAAAACAUCACCUCGGUGUUAGGCCCUAACAUGAUCAAAUGGCUAUGCCCCACAUUUACUAGGAAUCCUGAAGACGCGGAGAGAAUCCGAGCAGUCGAUGCCCUGAAGCAGGACGGUGGUUUGCAAGAGCUCGAUGACUCUCCGGUAUCUGUUGAGCUCGGGCCGAUCUGUGGCGAGAGCCACUUUGAUCAAGUGAUGGAGGAAGCUCAGAAGCUUGGUGAAUCAGUUGUGAUUGUCUGGAUGGCAGCUUGGUGCAGGAAAUGUAUUUACUUGAAACCAAAACUCGAAAAGCUAGCUGCUGAAUUCUAUCCAAGACUGCGGUUUUAUCAUGUUGAUGUCAACGCUGUGCCAUAUAGACUUGUUUCCCGUGCAGGAGUUACGAAAAUGCCAACGAUACAGCUAUGGAGAGAUGGCCAGAAACAAGCUGAAGUUAUCGGCGGCCACAAAGCGCAUCUUGUGGUUAACGAAGUCAGGGAAAUGAUAGAGAACGAUUCAAUCAGUUGAAUUGACGGUCUCCAGACUCUGCUCUUUUUUCCUCAGAUUGUUCUUAGUUUUUUGGGGUCACACUCAAUAGGAAUGUUCAGUUAUGGGAGUAUGUGACUAUUCUCUUUAUCGAAGAUUGGUCUUGUUUUUUAUCUGUUCUGUAACUAGACUACUGGAGUAAGUAAGGGAUACAGAUUGAGGCUUUGGUAAGCAAGAAUUGUAGCCAUCCUUUAUCGGU